AUGACCCAGAUCGAAGGGGGCGGACAGCUUCGCCUUGUGGGCUCCUCUCCUUCCGAUCUCUUGGGGCGCAGCUUCGGGGCCGAUGUCCUCUUUGUGCCUGAAAUGAAGGUCAACUUGGUCUCCACUGGGCAGCUCAUGGAUAAGGGAGCAAAGCUGCAAACCGAGGAAGGUGUCACCCACAUCAUUGCAUCAGGGGGUCAAGUGACUCCAACGGCCCGCUACCGCCAUCGUCUUCUCUGCCUUGACAUGAAACCGUGGCCAGCAAGGAACAGCACAACGGCUGCAGCGGCAUGCAACGGCACGGCAACAACAGUGGCAUGCAACGGCACGGCGGCUGGAGCGGCAUGCAACGAUAUGGUGGCUGCAUCGGCAUGCAACGGCACGCCGGCUGGAGCGGCAUGCAACGGCACGGUGGCUGUGGCGGCAUGCAACGGCACAGCGGCUGUGGCGGCACGCAAUGGCACAGCGGCUGCAGUGACAUGCAAUGGCAUGACUAAGGCAGUUGUUGAUGUGGCGUCAAGCAAGCUGGAAGCUAAGGAAGGAGCGGCCAGCCUUAAGACGUACGCGGUGGGCUCCAAAGUAACGCCCAACCUGUGGCACGCUCGCCUUGGACACGUCCACUUUGAUGAAGUGAAACGGACAGCCACGAGCGGUGGUGUGUUUGGUAUGGACCUGGAGAAAGGAGGCGAUGAUAUGUCGUGCACUUCCUUGUGA